GCAACAGCUAAGCGCGUCCCUCUUGACUGUGCAUGCGGGCAGAUCGCAUCGCAUUCCGAUGUGAGCGAGAUGUGACCGCGGUGCGGACUUUAUGUCUCCAAACCGUCUCCAGCCGCAAUUAGAGGGGGUAAAAUGUCCAAGUUGAAGGAGAGCAACACUUGCCCGGACGGCUACAGGGCUUUAAGCACCAGCGAGCUGCAGGAGCUUUUACAAAACGACGACAAAAUGGACCAAAUCGUUCGACUCAAUGAGAAGUUGCAGGACCUUCAGGUGGACCGGGAGAUGCUGCUGACCACCAACCGCAGCCUGGCCGAGGAAAGCCUCGCCCGGCAGCCCCGUCUCAACAACGGCAAACUCCAGCUGGCGGCCAAGUACCGGGAGCUGUCCGGCCUGGCCAAGAAGUGCUGGGAAAAACAGCGGAACCUGGAGGCUCACGUCCGGAGGCACAGCCUGCAGACGGCGCAGAACCUCCUGCAGGAAGAGGUGGCGCGCGCCGAGGAGCGCUCCGAGGAGCUGCUGGAGAAGUUCAUGGAGGGGAACGUGAGCCUGGACGAGUUCCUGGACUCCUUCCAAAGCUCGCGGAAGACGUAUCACGUCCGCCGAGCUCAGGCGGAGAAGAUGCAGGAGACGGUCCGAGCCAAGCGGCAGCCGGGCGAAGCCAAGGGGGCGGAGGAGAGCGAGGCCCCGCUGGUGAACAAGGACUCGGAGCCUCGCGAGCCCCAGCGGCCCAACGGCUUCGUGGCACAGGGGCCUCUCAGGGUGUUCCAGGUGCGCUACGGCCUGACGCCGGCCAUCCUGCUGCCUCAUUACCCGGUGUCGCCGCCCGCUUCAGCACCGGCCCACCAGAGCGGCACGCCCCCGCCCGAGCCCCAGCUGGGACAGACCCACAUCCUCAGCCCCAGCGGCGCGCUGGCGGGACACGGCCAGCCGGUGGGCCUCCGGGUCAUCGGACAGCUGCCGGGCGGCUGGCCGGCCAACGGGCGGCCGGUGAGGGUGCAGAAGCUUUACAGGCCCAACCCGCAGCCGGAGCCGCCGUACCGAUAGUCUGCUGCCGGAGGGGGGGGUCGGCUGAGGGGGGGUGAAAAGCCGGUUUGAGACGUCUUCCAAGACACGGAACCAAACAGUGGCUGUCACAGUGUUGUGGGAGAGACUGAUGUGAACUGAGACUGGCAGCGCUGCAGAAGUCCAUUUCUGACCUCCAUCCAUGACGUGAGAAGAGAUGGAGGCAGCAGGGGAUCGACACAGGACGGGCCGUGGAGGGGUUCUGAUAACAGCUUCCACUUGGAUCCGCUGAAGAAACGGAUGAAUUCAGCUCACAACCCACAAAAGUCAUUUCUUAUUUUAAUCUCUUUUUGCUCUUUUUUUUUUUUACCACAGGAAAGAACCAUAGGAAACGUACAGAUGCGGUAGCGAGCUUGUUGUGAGCCACGAAAACAGGAAACCUCAAAAGAUCAUGGGUCGCUUCACUUUUGUGAAUGCCUUCAUCUCAUCUAAUAAGUAUAUUGACAGAUUUUUUUUUAAAACAAUAAGAUCUUUAAGGCCUGUCCUUGAGUCACCACAGCGUCACUGACAGACGGUCUAAUUCGAAAGCACCGCUUCAUUUUUUAUUUCUGGUUCGUCAUGAGAUGAGAUUAAAUUAAGGUUUUACUUAAGGAAACAAUUGGAAGCACGUUAUUGAACCCCAUCCCUAUGAAAGGACCUUCAUUGUUAUUUAAAAACUUAUUCUAUUUGUUAUAUUUGACACAGACGGAUGUGAAGCACAUGGUUGUGAAGCACAUUUGCAGCGCUGGGGAAAAAAAAAAUAACAGAGUUCAUUGUUCAUUCAUCCAACGGAGGACAGAGAGGCUUUGUUAGAGUCCAGGAGUCGUCAGAAUUACGGUAACAUCAGGAAAAAUGGCCUUAGUGUAAACUCUUAUUGUUUUCAUGCAUCGGAGCCUGCGUGAAGAGCAAACUACAAAGAGAGAUAUGCUGUUGACUGAGCAGGUGGUAUUUAUUAAUAGUUCUCAGACUAUAACCUGUCAAUAUCAUUUGUCGUGCGGCGUGUUAGCAUCACAGACGAUUACUCAGCCUUCUGCCUUCCUGUGCUUCUCAUGAAGUGUUGCCGCUCGCACAUCAGCGGGCGAUUUAUUUAUUCAUGUAAAUCCUAUUUUAAAUGGCUGACUUCAAAGCUUCUUGUUUACCGUGAUAAAUGAAGAGCGGCUUCUCCUUUCAAAGCGAGCCAGUGUUUUAUUUCGCCCUGAAACUGAGAUGCGGAGUGAGGGGAAUUAAUCUCUGUGAGAAUACCAGCGCUCUGCAAGCCCACAGUCGGACGGAAGGAGGUUUAGGAGGUUUACUGCUCAUUUCACUCUCCUUUUUUCUCAUUAUCCUUCCUUUAGCAUUUAAAGGGAAACGCGUUGGAUUGUAGGAUGUGAUGGAACAUACGUUUUUCUCAUCAAUAACUCAUAAGUGCAUGCUUACUAUGGCUUGACAGAACACAUGAAAAUGCCUUUUCGCAGGACAGUGCCCAGUUACAGAAAGCAACUCUGAAAAUGUUCUUUCACAAAAUCAGCAUUAAAUACAUUGCAACGCCCAGAGAUUAUUCGAAGCCAUUUUUUUUUUCAGUCCAACUUCCACCAACCAGCUGUCACUUCGCCUUUAAGUUGCAGGGAUUGGUUCAACUUGAGACGUAACUGGGCACUGGCUUCAACCAAACAUGCAGUUCUGUCUCCACUCAGGGUCUUUAGAGGAAAAGAAAAUGCUGCUGCUUGAGCUGUAGUGCAGAUGGACCCGGGGGCUCUCCCACGGAGCUCAUGUCGUCAUCCACAUUCAGCCCGAAGACGCAGUCACACAAACGCUGCUUCCUGUUUAUGUGUAUCAGGCAGUUGCACAUUGACAUCACUCCUCUUCCUGCGUCGGUCUAGAGUUUAAUUUGAUGGAACUUUGACCUUUUGAAAUUGUUGUUCAUUGCUCAGCCAAAUUUAGAUGAGGGAGGUUUUACACUGGUCGGGUGGUGGACAGGUAAUUAAUUCUGGCUGCGUAGCCUGGAAACAGCCGGACUACCAGCGCUGACCUCUGCCCACCAUGACCAUACAACCCCCAGGCUUUGUUAUCGGUGCUUCUGACCGUAACUGUGUCACCGAAUCACCACACGCUUCCCAUUGUAACGGCCAGAUUUGACCGCCUGAAAGUUGUGAUGUUACUGUUACAGCUUGAGGUGAGAUUUAUGGAAGCAUUUUAUUGUACUAAACCUGUUUUUCCUCCUGAUUUACUAGUUAACCUUUGUCAUAAUUACAAAGAAAAGAACUUGUGUGCAUAUGUGUAAAGGUUCAUUAAAUUUAUUAGUACUACUGAAAAACUUUAGAGCAACAAACAGUCCCACAGUACAUGAAUAAUAUGUAUUUUUUUUUCAUACACCUACAGGAGCAUCACUUUAAAAUAAGACUAGUGUGUCUCUACCUCGUUCACUGAGGCCGACCUAUAAAGUCGGUAUAGCACCUUCUGUUGCGUUUACACUGAGUUCAUGGAAUUAAGUAAUUAAAAAUUUCAUUUUUUAUCUUCAAGAAAAUGAUGACAAAGGUUAUCAGGAAAUUAGUGGGGAAAAGCAGGAGCCAUGACAUAAAGUGUUGCCUGAUUUAAUUUUUAACAGUAAUUUCUGAAUACACCUUUAACACAAGUGAUUGGUGUUUUAUUCAGACCAGAUCUUUCCUGUAAAAUUGAACAUUUAUGUGUUUGGAUUAUCUCAAAAUGUAAAGUGCUUGUUUCUGCAACUGUGGCUUUGUUUGUCCAGUUGAUUAUAUUGUGUCUUUUUUUUUUAAUCAGGGACUUAUUCCCAGCAGCCUUCUUAACAAACGGUAAUAAAACAGAUAAAUGAAUGUUGCUCUCAGAAUUUAAAUUUCAAUUAAAUGCGGACGUUCUGAGUCAAACGCCCGCAAUUCAUAUUAUUUGCAUCAUAGUGUCUGGGAAGAAGGAGCCGUGGCUGCAGGCAUUCGUACGGCAUGAUUACGAGCGAUGUCAAAGCUGAUCAGCAUCGCAGUGAGUGAAGGCGAGCUAAUAAUAUCCAAGUCAACCGAUUUCUGCCUCUGUGCUGCUGUGUUCAGCAGCUGCUGGCAGAAUAAGAAGCGUUAACGAGAACGCACCUCAGUCUAAAACUAGUUUUAAUCCAUGACCUGAUUACAGCUAACGUUUGCAGCCAUGUCAUGCAGGAAGUGGCUGGUGCCCUGCGUUUUCAAUUGACUGCUCAAACUGAGAAGUGCCAGGGCCUCUUCUAAACUUGGAUGACGUCCUGUUGUUAAAGUGUGAGUUAUGGAGCUCUCUAUAAUGAGUAAAGUAGGUCAGAAAUACACAGGAGAAGUCAAAUAAACUGCAGAAAUGAACUUUCAAGAAGUCAAAUGCAAAAUAAACAAACUGAAACUAAGAUCAACAAUAUAAUUCUCUGUUUAAAUUUAAUUAAGUGUUAAAUAAACUCCAGAGGCCACAUGUAAACUGUUUUUGGACGUGGAACAAAAAAAUAUAAUUAAAUGAUUGAAUUUCUCAUGCUCAAUGA